AGUCAGUUCACGUCGUGAUUUCCUCCCCAAAACGUCUCUGUGAAUUUAGAAAAUUAAAUUUAUUCUGUGAUUUUUUUUAAUAUUGAGUUUAUUUUUGUUAAUUUUAAGAAAAAAGUUUUUGUGCUUGCAAUGAGUUUGAAUUCCGCGAAGAAAACUCCAGCUCCUGGAAAGGAAAAAAAGCGCCUUUUUGGGCUGAAAAAGCGAAUGAAUUUCUACGACAACGAAGUGAUGAAGAUCGAGAAAUCAUCCAGUUUUGCUCCUCUGGGAUACGGAGAUCGUUUUAUACCACGAAGAUACAGCAAGAAUACCCUAGGUGUACCAACAGAAGCAGAACUAAAUGAUAUUCUAAUGAGCCAUAAGAAUACCUCCUGGAAACGCCUCAAUUUUGCAACUGUUUUCAGUAAUUUGUUUGACAUUGAGAGCAAAAAGGAUAGACCAACGUGGUCACACAGUCGGAUUCUAUCCUUCAAGGAUGAUAUAGCAAAACACUUCUCAGAUAUGUCCUAUCAAUUCUACUGGGCUCCUGAAUUUAGCUACGUCCUCACACCAAAAUGGUACAAAAACCUCGAUUGGCCAUGUGUGCCACGUAGCAAGUCGCUAAGCUUCAUGGAGACAGUUCACAGUAUUAAUGGUUUACACAAGUCCGGCAAGAAGAAGCUAAUUGUGUGGACGGCAACCAAUAAGAUUGUAGCCUUUGUUCGUCCUGAGAUAAUUACAUGGACACCAGGUUCCUCAAAUCUCAUGGUCUACUCAUUAGACCUCAUCACGGCGUUGGCAUUUGACAGAAAAGGGAUCUACAUGGCAGCCGGUGGAAAGCUAGCUCAGGACACUGUGUUGGAAAUUUGGAAAUCAAAGAAGUUGAAUAUCGAUCUGAAGAGUCUCAUCCGAAUGAAGGAUCGUUCUGAUGACAUUCGCUGUCUAGUCUGGAGUGAGGAUGGGCAUGAUAUUGUGUGUGGCCAAAAAUCGGGUUCUUUGACAAUUCAUCAUGCUAGGGAUUUAUCAUCACCAUGCUUGGUGCUUUCUACGCGUCAUACCCAUGCAAUUUGCGACAUAAAAUUCUCCGUGGACUACAAACUCUUUGCCGUUACGGAUGAAUCGGGGAUGGUGACGGUGUGGAAGUGGAUGUUCAAUUAUCACCUGUUUAAGCUCAAUAGCCCAUGGAAUACAGCCAUCUUCAUUGAUUGGCAUCCCUGGUGCCCCACGGAAUUCGUCAUUGCAUCCCAAGCACCGGCGUCCAUUGGGAUUGUUAAUACGGUUGAGAAGAACGUCGUUGGAUGGUAUAAGCGAUGCGACAACAAGUGCCGCAUUGAUGCUAUCACCUUCAACAAAUUGUCCGGGGAAUUGGUUGUGGCCUACCAACGACAGAGUGGACCAAACAACACGAUGGAAACGGAAAUUGUGGUGCUGGCAUCCCUGGAGCACGUUUCGGAUGUUCUGCGGAAGAAUAAAAUGAACAGAAUCUACCACAUGAUGUGGAGUCCCGAUGGAAAGAGACUCGCAACAGCUGGAUCCCUCGAUGAUCUUACUCUGUGGAACUUUUUUGGCCGGUCCGAAGUUGCUAUGCAGAAAUGUGCAAAAAAGCACAAAGUGAACAAACAACCAACAUCCGAAUUGUCACGGCUCGCAAUGAUCCGCUGACAUCCCACAAUCAAGUCUCACUUCCUACCCACCCACAUGCAAAAAUUCCCAAUUUAUUCAUCGCGCGCCCCCCAAAUAGUCAUUCAUAAUGGCGGUUCCUGAAGCAAUAUAAAUUAUUAAUGAUUAUUACAGCAUUUUUCUAACAUCGCGCGCGUGCACUUUGUCCUCAUUGUCUGUCAUCAUCAUCUCUUUCGCAUGGAACAAUGACAAUUUGCAUAAAGUGAUAUUCUUCACAAAUUUAUUUAUAAGUUCCCUCCUUUCCUCCCCGUUCCGAAUUAAAUAUUCAACUAUGCUAUAUAUGUAUGUAAUGUAGGUCUAUUUUUAUAAAUUCAAUUGAGAGUCAUUCCCAUAUACGAAGUAAUUGUGUUUCAUUCAGGGAGGUGCGAUGAGCGCAAGAAGACGAUGAAGAAUAUGCAAGAAGUUUGGGAUGCAAAUGAACUUUGCGGUAUGAGCGAUUUGUCUUAAAAAAAAAGAAACUACUAUUUAAAAAAAUCUUCAUUAAACAAAUGAGAUUGUUCUUUCUUCAGAAUUUUCAAAAUAUUAAAAACGAAUAUUCAGAUUAUUUGAAAAUAAUCAAAAUAUUCAUAGUUCGAAAAACGGUACCUCUGAGUUUUCAGUUGAAGUGGAAAAAGAGGAAUAAUAAACCUUCUUUAAUUCUUU